CCUUAUAAAACCUCUGCGGCAGGGCAGCGGGCACUAGGCGUUGCUGCUUCUCAUAGAGAUAUCGUAACCCGGACUCUGAAGUGAGAUCUCAGCCCCGACGUCUGCACCAUGCGUGAGUGUAUCUCCAUACAUGUUGGCCAGGCUGGAGUACAGAUGGGCAAUACCUGCUGGGAGCUGUAUUGCCUGGAACAUGGGAUUCAACCAGAUGGACAGAUGCCAAGUGAGAAGACCAUUGGGGGUGGAGAUGACUCCUUCACCACCUUCUUCUGUGAAACUGGCGCAGGGAAGCAUGUGCCUCGGGCUGUUUUUGUGGACUUGGAACCCACUGUGAUUGAUGAGAUUCGUACUGGCUCUUAUCGCCAGCUUUUCCACCCAGAGCAGAUGAUCACUGGUAAAGAAGAUGCUGCCAACAACUAUGCUCGUGGGCACUACACUAUUGGCAAAGAGAUCAUUGACUUGGUGUUGGACAGGAUCCGGAAACUGGCUGACCAAUGUACAGGACUCCAAGGAUUCUUGGUUUUCCACAGCUUUGGAGGAGGCACUGGUUCGGGAUUCACAUCCUUGUUGAUGGAACGUCUUUCUGUUGACUUUGGAAAAAAGUCCAAGCUAGAAUUUGCUAUUUACCCAGCUCCACAGAUCUCCACAGCAGUGGUGGAGCCCUACAACUCCAUCCUAACUACGCACACCACCCUUGAGCACUCAGACUGUGCUUUUAUGGUGGACAAUGAAGCCAUCUAUGAUAUCUGCCGCAGGAACCUGGACAUUGAACGUCCGACUUACACAAAUCUCAACCGCCUUAUCAGCCAGAUUGUGUCCUCCAUCACAGCUUCCUUGCGUUUUGAUGGUGCCCUCAAUGUUGACCUGACAGAGUUCCAGACCAACCUUGUGCCAUACCCUCGAAUCCAUUUCCCUCUGGCUACUUACGCCCCAGUCAUCUCGGCAGAGAAGGCAUACCAUGAGCAGCUUUCUGUGGCUGAAAUCACAAAUGCUUGCUUUGAACCUGCUAACCAGAUGGUGAAAUGCGAUCCCCGACAUGGCAAAUACAUGGCCUGCUGCCUUUUAUACCGAGGUGAUGUGGUACCCAAAGAUGUCAAUGCUGCAAUUGCUGCCAUAAAAACCAAGCGCAGCAUUCAGUUUGUAGAUUGGUGUCCCACAGGCUUCAAGGUUGGCAUCAAUUACCAGCCACCAACUGCAGUUCCAGGUGGAGACCUAGCCAAGGUGCAGCGAGCAGUAUGCAUGUUAAGCAACACCACAGCCAUUGCAGAGGCCUGGGCCCGGCUGGAUCAUAAAUUUGAUCUGAUGUAUGCCAAGAGGGCCUUUGUCCAUUGGUAUGUAGGAGAAGGCAUGGAAGAAGGAGAGUUCUCUGAGGCACGAGAAGAUAUGGCUGCCCUAGAGAAGGAUUAUGAAGAGGUGGGAAUUGACUCAUAUGAAGAUGAAGAAGAGGGAGAAGAGUAACUGUAGAUGGCCUGCUUUGUUUGGACCUUCCUUCCUAUUAAAGUAUGCUUGGCUUUAAUUGCA